AUGGCGAAACGAGUCUACUUUCUCGCUCAUGGAGGGACUGUCCAGGGCGUUGGCUUCCGCUACUUCACCCGCAAGCGAGCCACGCACCAUCAAGUCACUGGCUGGGUCCGCAACACGCCUAAUAAUAAGGUCGAGGGAGAGGCGCAAGGCGACGAGGCAGCCAUCACCGCAUUCUUGAAGGACGUGGACAAGGGCCCCUCAGGAUCGCACGUUGUCAAGCUAGACAAGGAAGAGCGAGACCUCGUCGUGGAUGAGUCUGGAUUUCAUGUGAGGCAUUGA